ACAGAGAAACUGCCUUGUAACAGGUCCCGCCCCUCCCUCUACUCCCUUUCUUACAUCAAGAGGGGAAAAACACGGAACUACCUCUACCCCAUCUGGUCACCAUACGCCUACUACCUCUACUGUUACAAAUACCGGAUCACCCUCCGGGAGAGGAUGCUGCCUCGUUGUUAUAAAAGCAUCACCUACAAGGAAGAGGAGGACCUGACACUUCGGCCCCGCUGCUGCCUCCAGUGCUCCGAGUCCCCAGCAGGCCUCCAGGCGGGCAGGAGCACCGAGCACGGAGAAGACCAAGACCGGCCUAAAGUGCUAAGCUCAGCCGGGAACCUGACGGUGCUUUCUACGGACCCCCUGCUCCACCAGGACCCAGUGCAAGUAGACUUCCAUUUCCGCCUCACCCCCCACGGCUCUGCCCACUGGCACGGCCUUUUCUGUGACCACCGACUCUUCCUGGACAUCCCCAAUCGGGCCCUGGACCGAGGCAACCGAGAAAGUUUGACAGCAACACUGGAGUAUGUGGAGGAGAAGACCAACGUGGACUCCGUGUUUGUGAACUUCCAGAACGACCGGAAGGACAAAGGUGACCUGCUGCGGGCCUUCAGCUACAUGGGCUUUGAUGUGGUCAGGCCAGAUCACCCUGCCCUUCCUCCCUGGGACAAUGUCAUCUUCAUGGUGUAUCCCCUCGAAAGGGACCAAGGCCACCUGUCCAGUGAGCCUCCCUAAACACGCUCAUCCCAACUCUGCGAGGGGCUGGAAGCUGUGACAUGCAGGUCUCAAGGCCACCGCCACCCUAGGAAUAAAGGGUAC